AUGCACCCCUUUUCUAUUCUGACCCUCGGCAUCUUCGUCGCUGGCUACAUCACUGCCCGUUGGGAUCUGGUUACUCGUCUCUAUGAACUUGCUAUUUUCGCCUGGGAAAACGGUGUCGUCACGCGCGCAACAAAAGCAUUUGCUGCACUCUCUGUCCUCUUCCUCGCCAUUUGCGCACCGACCGUCUUACUAGCCAGAAAAGAAACGAAUCUGCAUCCACGACGAAUAGGAGCCGGUGUCUCGGCGCGGGAGCAACUUAGAAGGCGUGAACAUGAUGGCUUGAUGAGAGUGUUCUGGCCGACGGACAUUCGCAGGUCUGAUCGCCCCGGGGUUGUGGUGGGAUGGCGCAAUUCCGUACUCGACGUAUUUGUUGUCGCCAUCCUCGAAGAUGUUGAUGCACGGAAUACCGAAUUCCAUCUCAAAGCCGGUACCUUCUUCCGCAGCGAGCUUCACCCAAAUAGCCAAAUCACCGAAAUGUGCGGUCACAGCUCAAUGCAUGUCCUUGGGCUUUCAAAUGCUGCCGAUAUGGAAGCAGCAGACCCUUCCUGGUUUUGCGCAACAACGAACUCGGACCCCCGAGAACCAAAAAUCACAUGCGCCAAGGCCAUCAGCGUACAGCUCAUCUUCUACGAUCGUCCUCAGCCUCAGGGAAUGCAAUACGUAUCACUGAAUCCCAUUGCCCUCGCGCUGGGCCAUGAUGGUUCUCUGUUGGGCGACACAGUAGCUUCAGAAGGAGAGCAGGAGACACGAGAGCGUCAAGUGAAGGAAGAGAGACGCAAACUAGUUGAAAAGCUCAAGCAGCAUACCAUUUUCAAGCGAGUCCCCUCUGCGCGCGACAGAGCGCUGCCCAAAAUCAUCAACCAGAUAAAUUGGUCCUGGGAACUGGAGAAGACAUUGCAAAAGAAUGUGGGACGAUUGGGGUCAAGACCGCGACGCAGCCUUAGUGUGUCUGAGAGAGUGGUCGAGACAGCCUCGACGAUGAGAAAUUAUGUUAUUCUGCAACUUUGGACAUGGUUCACGCUGUAUCUGUUCCCCACGAUACGCAAGACCUUUGUACUGGUUCUCAUGGGCCAUCGCAUAAUGGCAGAGAUGUUGCUCUUGCUACUCGAGUUCAGGGUUAAACCCGGCGCCGCGGCUCUGAAGGACAUAUCGGCCACAGCACAGCAAGUUGAGAUACGACUCCAACAGUUUUGCUACUGGCCGAUGCAGUACAUGACCUUGCGGCAACGAAAGAACAAUUGGGCCAGUGUUACGACAAGCCAUCCGGACUACAUCCGCUUUUACAACAGUUUGUGGCUCGUCGCCAAUGAUGUCAUCAUAGGCAUUGCUCUUGGCUCAUAUAUCAUCGAGAACGCAGAUUGGGUUGCCGCACAGAUUGGUGAUCUGCUGCGUACUUAUACAGUUGACGCACUUCAAAGCAGCAUUUCAUGGUUGAUGGGCUGGCCUGCUGGUCUCAAGCUUAACGGCGAGUUGGCAGCUUUCUUGGGAGAUUUGUUCCUCUGGGUCAUUGAUUACUGGUCCAGCUGCAUCGAGACUCUGACUCCAGCAUUGCCCCAGAUGGUGUGGUUUAUAGGAUUUUCAUCGUUCGCUGGCGCUAGUAUGCCAAUUGCCAUGUUUUCUGACAUGCUUUCGACUCUAACCAUUCACAUUUACUCGUUCUAUCUAGCAUCUGGGAGGAUAUAUCACUGGCAGCUCACAAUUCUCCAGUCCCUCUUUCAUCUCUUCCGCGGUAAGAAGCACAACGUUCUUCGCAACCGUAUCGAUUCUUGCGAUUAUGACCUGGAUCAACUCCUUGUUGGCACCAUUCUGUUCACACUACUCUUCUUCCUUCUGCCGACGGUUGCCGUCUUCUAUCUCAAUUUUGCCAUUGCGAGGAUGGCUAUCAUCUCUCUUAAGGCCGGAUUUGAUACUCUCCUCUCAUGUCUAAAUCACUUUCCAUUAUUCGCACUCAUGUUGAGAAUCAAAGACCCGAGGCGACUUCCUGGUGGUAUCCGAUUUGAGCUUCGAGAUACCCACGACUAUAGACGUGAUGGCAUAAGUAACACUGAGGGGCCGCCCCCUACGUCGGUCAUCUACCUCAAGUCAAUUCCCUUGACAUUCCGAAUCAUGUUCAACCAAUACUUCCAGAUGGCAAACCGCAUCCGAAAACAUUACCUCUCGCCCAAAGUCUUCUUCUGUCUCCUCACAGGCAAGUUUGUGCCACCUAUCAACCGAAAGAAUUUGUAUAGUCUACAAUACAGCAUGUUGCCGGCUCGCCGGGCAAAUAUCUGGGAGAUGUGGAGGGCAUUGAAUACGAAGGCAAAACCAACCAAGCGAAUGCCAUUGCCUUAUAUACCACCGUUGCCUAAUGGGGGGAGAAGAACGUCAGCAAAUAAUGGACGGGCUAGAUAA